AUGACGACCCGCUCAGUUCAGCGUGUGUCAGUGUCAUCUGAAAGGCUUGCGUUCGAGUGUGCUGACGGUGGCGAUGACUGUAAAAAUAGUACUCCACAUCACAGACCAAAUGGGGAUCUGUCGAGGAAAAGAGGAGAACACAGCGCUAUCAAUGAGCACGAAGUUUCCAGCAGCUGUAUUAGGGCCCCGAGCUGCCCAAGGAGGUGACCGCGCCCAGCGAACUCGCUUUGAGUCGUGUCGCACCCGGAUCCACGCCCUUCACGGUGGCUUCAAGUAUGCUGCUACUGCAGACACAGG